AUGGCGGCAAAAAGAGUGUCCGUGACCUCCGCCUGUGACUCAGACGUUGAUACAAUGAUUAGACAAGUUUCAGUGUUGUUGUGCCUGGUGGCGCUCGCACUGGCUGAUUCCAAGGGAAGCUACGUAAAAGGAUCAAAAGGAAAUGGGGGCUGGUAUGGACAUGGAUUGUCGGGCGGAAAUAUGGGACCAGGAUCAUGGUACGGAAACGGAUUUAGUGGUCAAGGAAAUAUGAACGGUUACGGACCAGGAUCAUGGUACGGAAACGGCAUGAGCAGACCAUGGGGCGGAAAUGGCUACGGAAGACCAUGGGGUGGGAACGGUUAUGGCAGACCAUGGGGUAGUAAUGGAAACGGAUUUGGUGGCCAAGGAAGUUGGAACGGUAAUGGUCCAGGAGCAUGGGGCGGAAACGGAUGGGGCAGACCAUCGGGCAGUUACGGCUAUAGCAAACCAUGGUACGGAAAUAACGGAUACGGAAAUGGUGUAGGAAACGGGAACAGUUACGGACCAGGAUCUUGGUACGGAAACGGAAAUGGAUACGGCCGACCAUGGAAUGGAAAUGGCAUAUACGGCGUAUCUGGAUUCGGUGGAAUGAUGGGUGGAAACGGAUUCAGUGGUCCAGGAAUGAUGGGCGGAAACAGAUUCGGUGGUUCAGGAAUGAUGGGCGGAAACGGAGGAUGGAACAUGGGAAAAGGAUACGGAAAAGGAGUAGGAGGAUACGGAAACUAUGGCGGAAACGGAUACUUCCCUGGCGCAUAUGGUAGAUCCGGAUCAAUGUUUGGAAACUUUGGCAACUAUGGACCAGGCUUCGGUAAUGGAGGAAGAGGAUUCGGAGUUGGAGGAAGAGGAUUUGGCAACGGAUUUGGCAACGGAUUCGGAAAUGGUAUCCGACGGGGCGGAGUUUGGAACGGCAGAAACGGAAAUGGUGGAUACUCAUACGUAAAAACAAGCAAGAAGGGAUCUUACUAG